GGUCAUAUGGCUGAUGUGUCAUAUACCUUCAAUCUCCAAGCAGAGAACAAUUCCUCAAUUGGGUUCCGAGAAGGAGAGUAUGCAGGGAGGAAUGGCGACAUGCUAAGGCGCUGUGCUGCAAACCAUUCUUGCACAAGGCGAGAGCGGUGGAAGGCGACUCCGUCCCACGCAGUUGCCAGGCGCCAAAGCAUCUUCGGGUUGAACCUGUCUUUCAGCCGGUGCAUCAAAGAAAUGAGGAAUGAGGAAUUCUGCAUCGUAUGGGCCAAUAGUAGAAGCCGUGCUGUGAGACACAUAAUAUUCAUACGCUACAAUUAUCAUAACGGCGUGUCUGCGAAGAGGCCAACUGGGACUGGAAGCUGUGAAGAUUUUAAGCCUCAAGACAGCAGAAGGUGUCGGCGUCUUGAGCCCUGCAGGAUCAGCCUGUCACAUUAGGGGCAUCAUGGUUUCUCCUGCUCGUCACAAGUGGAUGAGGAAUAUUCCUGCGGAGAGGCUGCUGCUGCUGCUGCUGCUGGUGCCGAUGCUGUGGCUGUUACCUGCGACCGGAGCGGCUCCUCCUCUGACCGCCGAGCAGCUGGACACAGGGGUGGACUGGCUGAGCAGGUUUGGCUACCUCCCGCCCCCUGACCCGGUGACCGGGCAGCUCCAGACCAAGGAGGCGCUGGCCAACGCCAUCAAAGCCAUGCAGAGGUUCGGAGGGCUGAAGGAGACCGGAGUCUUAGACCAAGCCACACUGGGUCUGAUGAAACAACCCAGAUGUUCUCUGCCAGAUGUGCCCGAAGCCGAGGGGACGAUGGGCCGCAGGAAACGAAGCCUCACUCCCCAGAACAAAUGGAAUAAAAGGCAUCUGUCCUGGAGGGUGAGGACCUUCCCCAAGGAUUCGGCCGUACUGGGCAGGGACACUGUUCGAGCCCUGAUGUACUACGCCCUGAAGGUGUGGAGCGACAUCGCGCCGCUCAACUUCCACGAGGUGGCCGGCAGCGACGCGGACAUUCAGAUCGACUUCACCAAGGCCGACCACAAUGACGGAUAUCCGUUUGAUGGGCCGGGGGGCACCGUGGCACACGCGUUCUUCCCCGGAGAGCGGUUCACCGCCGGGGACACGCACUUCGACGACGACGAGGCGUGGACCUUCAGGUCACCGGACUCCCAUGGGAUGGAUCUGUUUGCGGUCGCCGUCCACGAGUUCGGUCAUGCCAUCGGCCUGGUCCACACCUCGGCCACGGAGUCCAUCAUGAGGCCGUACUACCAGGGUCCCGUGGGAGACCCCCUGAAAUACGACCUGCCCUACGAGGACAAGGUCCGCGUCUGGCAGCUCUACGGUGUCAGAGACUCGGUGUCCCACACAAACCGACCGGGCAGCUCCUCCCAGACGGCCGAGCCCCCGGUGCUGCUCGACCUGCCCGAGAACAGAUCCACCGUCCUGCUGGCGCAAGAUGCCCCGGACAGAUGCUCCAGUCACUUUGAUGCAGUGGCCCAGAUACGGGGGGAGGCUUUCUUUUUCAAAGGAAAGUACUUCUGGCGACUGACUCGAGAGAAGCACCUGGUGUCUCUGCGUCCCGCGCAGAUCCAUCGCUUCUGGAGGGGCCUCCCGACAAAUCUGGACAGUGUGGACGCCGUGUAUGAGCGACCUGGAGACCACAAGAUCGUGUUUUUUAAAGGCCUAAAGUACUGGGUGUUCAAAGACAACAUCGUGGAAGAGGGUUACCCUCGUCCGAUCAGCGACUUCGGGCUGCCCUCGGAGGGCGUGGACGCCGCCUUCGUUUGGCUCCACAACGACAAGACCUACUUCUUCAAGGACAACCACUACUGGCGCUACGACGACCACCUGCGGCGCAUGGACCCGGGCUACCCCAAAGACAGCGCGCUCUGGAAGGGGCUGCCGCCGCAGCUGGACGAUGCCAUGAGGUGGUCUGACGGCUCGUCCUAUUUCUUCAAGGGGAAGGAGUACUGGCAGGUGCCGGGCAGUGGCAUGGAGGCGGAGGCCGGGUACCCCCGCCUCGUGGCCAAGGACUGGCUGCUGUGCACCGAGAUGCAGUCGGACUCCCCCGACACGGAGGCCAAAAGCACGGAGACGCGGGUCAACGUGCAGCAUCAGCCGGACCACGCGGAGAACGGGUACGAGGUGUGCUCCUGCACCUCGGACUCCGCCUCGCCCCCGGGCGCCCGCCCCUCGCCGUCGCCCGCGUGGCUGCUGCCGCCGCUCUGGACGCUCUCGCUGGCCCUCCGCUCCGAGCUGCUAUGAUGCCAAAGCGUCGGGACAAAGUCGGUGGAAGGGCCAGUGGACACACACACACACACACACACACACACACACUCACUCACUCAACAACUGGAAUAUUUUUAUUCUCAUUAUAUCAUUUGGAAUCUUUUUUUAUUUUUUUUCUUGCAGAAUUUUGCUGUUAUUUAUUUGACAUGUCAUCUGGCGGGCACUGCCAACUGAAACCACUCACGCUGUUGGACCAUAUUUUGUAUUGAAUGGUCAAACUGCCUUAUCCCUGCGAGGACAGGGGCCAUUGAUUCAUUCUCCUCAUGAGCAGCGAGUUUUGCGGCAGCGACGUCUCGCACGCAGACGGAUCAAGCGGCCGUCCUUGGGCCGCAGGCGGGUGCAAAGGUGAACGGAAUGCAAACACACACUUGUUGCCUACUCCACGAAAUUACAGCAGGGUCACUUCACUGAGAUUAGCACACAAACUGUCUAAAAGUAAACAUGAUCACACUCAUCUGACUUUACAUGUGGCUCAUUUCUUUAUGUGAUGGAGGUGGAUGGAAUUUAAACAUUUGAAAAACUUUGAAGAGCAUUUUUGUCUGAAAGACAGUGUCAGUACAACUCCUGAUAAUCCCCACAACUAUUUGGGACUUUUUAUUUUUAUGUUUAAAAAAAAAAAGAAGAAGGUUACGAGUGUCAUUUUUUUCUUUGGCCACUGACAAGUUCCAUUCACCUCCGUUGUAUCGGAUGCCUCAAAAAAGUGGAGACGUAAAAACCCGGGACUCUUUGCGCCGCAGGGUGUACCACCACCACGGACAAGACGGGAAGAUUGGAUUUCUUUUUCUAAACUGUGGAAAUGGCCCUUUAACAGACCUCAGAAGAGGGGGGCCUGGUCUGGCUCGACUCAGGUGCUUGUGAUGAGCUUGCACCCCCCCCCCCCCCCCCCCCCCCCCCCCCCCCCCCCCGACCCACUCUUGGGUGAAGUUGUAUAUUUUUUUUUUGUGGGCCAUAGUUUUCCGAUGAAAUCUUUCCCCCUGAUCAUUUCACAUUGCUUGGAUCAGGCUGUAGAGUUUAUAGAGACGCCUCUUUGUGACGAUUUUCCUUCACAGAUCCUUCUGACGACAAGGGUUCGCAACAACGGCGCCGGGAUUUAUUCUUGCUGUAAAGAUAUAUUUACCUAUAGACUGAUAUAUUUGAGUCGAGGGGUUCUGCAGCUGCUGCAUAACCAAGUGGGCCGUGUAUAUUUUAAGCUGUAUGGUUGUUUUUUUUUAUGUAAAAUAUUUUUGUAGAAAAAUUAAAAAGAUCUGACGUCA